GAAUGACAAAGCCUCAUCGUGACCACCACCUUUUUUAUAAUAGGAAAGGCUAUUUCAGCAUUAACGCCAUGAUAAUUUGCGACUACAAAAUGACGAUUAGAGCAGUGAAUGCUAGGCGCGCUGGUUCUAGCCACGAUUCACUAAUAUGGUGCGUAAGCAAGGCGCACGACUACUUCUGCCAGUGCUAUGAGAGCGGUGAACGUGGAAGUUGGCUUUUAGGAGAUGCUGGCUACUCCCUUCAGCCAUUUUUGCUAACGCCAUACAGAGAUCCGCAGCCUGGAACGCAGGAGCAUAAAUUUAACGUGAAACACGCAUCUGCACGCAAUGUUAUUGAACGAGCAAUUGGCGUGUUAAAAAGCCGCUUUAGGUGUCUAGCCCGACUUCUUCAAUACCAGCCCGAAAAAGUUUCCAAAAUGAUUAAUGUAUGCUGUGCGCUACAUAAUAUUUGUAGAUACUACAAGGUACAGGAUGUCGAAGACGUUCACUUUGCUAAUGAAGAUGAAGAGGAACUAAGUGAAAUAUCGGCUAGUAGAGAAGCAAAUACAAUAAGAGAUGACAUUGCUAAUAGCUUGCGUUAG